UUUAAGAGUGAGGGCUCAUUGUUCGUUUUUAAUUAUAAUCACACUGUUUACAUGAUCCCUAAGCCCUUGACGCAUGCUCGUCUUGGAAGCUUUCUGCGGUAAUGAACAUCAACACGGCUGCUGGUAAGUCGAAUGUCAGCAGCUUACAGAUAAAACAAUGAACAGGAGAUUCUGCCAGAAUGAAUGACAUUAACCUGAGCCCAGUGGGGAUGGAUCAGUUAAGUGUUUCCUCAGUAAGUGGCACCAUACCCGUGACUGGGGGUCAUCUAGGAUUGGCAUCCUCUCCAACUCACAAUUCCAUUGCUACUACAGGAAUGCCUGUUGCCAUUCCCAAUUUGGGUCCUUCAUUGGGUUCACUACCUUCUGCUCUUUCACUUAUGCUACCUAUGGGGCCCCUUGGAGAUCGUAGUAUGAUGUGUGGUAUUCCAGAAAGAAAUUACACUCUUCCGCCACCUCCCUACCCUCAUCUGGAAAGCAGCUACUUUAGACACAUAUUACCUGGCAUAUUGUCAUAUCUAGCUGACAGACCACCUCCACAAUAUAUUCAUCCCAGCUCUUUAAACAUGGAUGGAACUCCUACCUUGUCUGUACAUACUAAUCCUACUUCAAUUGAUCAUUACCAGCCCAGUGGUACGGUUGGGCUAGAAGCAACUAUGGUUGCUUUGGACUCACGACAAGUUGGGCCUCAUGGAGCUCAGAGUCUUCAUUCUAGCAGUGGACAUGAAGUGCCAUUAGAUAGUAUUGAACCUGUGUCUCGUGUGACCAGCCCUAUUUCUACUGAAGCGAUGGGAGAGGAGCUUACAAUGGAUGGAGUAGCAGCAGAACAUCAAACACUACCCACAAACAUCAGAAAUCAUGAAUCAAUAGCAGUGGAUUCUGUUGGGAACAGUAUGCCUUCAGAAGCAGUGGGUCAUGGCAAUGUUCUUCCUAUUCACACUGGGACUCUAGAGCUGCCUGUUGUUAUGGAAACAGAACAUUUAGGGGGAAGAGUUUCAAAUAGUAACCUGACAGAGUCAAUUCACACAGCUGGUAUCAAUUCUGGCUCAGUAAGUGUGGUACUCUCUAGUUCUCACUCGAUGACCCCACUGGAGCCUGUAUCAAUUCACAGUGGAAAUAUUGGACUGGAGCCAGUUUCUGUUUCUUCUAUCACUGCUGAGGUGUCUUUGGGAAAUGGACAGGUGGAAGUGUCUCCUGAGAAUCUGGUGUUGGUGCCACCGUCUUUGCAAAUGGAAGACUCUAAUUCUAAUAAAGAAAACAUGGCAACUUCAUUUACAAUAUGGUGCACGCUUUGUGACAGAGCCUACUCCUCUGAUUGCCCAGAGCAUGGGCCUGUAACAUUCAUUUCUGAUUCUCCUAUUGAAAGUCGUGCCAGGCAGUCUCUUCCCAGACAACUUGUACUGAGGCAGUCCUUGACUGGAGCAGACAUUGGAGUUUUUGCACGGGACUCCAUUCCCAUUAGAGUGUGCUUUGGACCUUUGAUUGGACAACAGUGCAGCUCUCUUGAAGUCUCUGAUUGGACAGAUAAGACAUCACCUAAUAUUUGGAAGCUGUUCCAUAAUAGUGUUCAAGAAUUCUGUAUCAUCACUACAGAUGAAAAUGAAUGUAACUGGAUGAUGUUUGUUCGGAAAGCAAGAACUAGUGAGGAGCAGAAUUUGGUAGCAUAUCCUCACAAUGGCAAGAUGUAUUUCUGUACCUCAAAGGAAAUUCUUCCAGACCAUGAGCUUCUAUUCUACUACAGCAGGGACUAUGCUAGACAGAUUGGAGUCCCAGAAGUGCCUGACGUUCACACUUGCCACUGUGGAAAAGAGUGCAUAUCCUUCUCAGAACUAAAAUCACACUUGAAUAGCCAUACUCAUAGUCACAGUCAUGGAAACAAUCACUGGACAGGUCAUUCUAAGGAUAAGAAGUUCAAGUGCUCCAUGUGUUCUAGGGCUUUCACCUCUUCCUCAAAACUUAAUGUACAUGUUAUGGGGCAUGUAGGUGUUAAGCCAUACAAAUGUGGAUUCUGCAGCAAGGCUUUCAGUGAUCCCAGCAACCUCAGAAAACAUUUAAAAAUCCAUACAGGUCAGAAGAAUUACCGAUGUACAUUGUGUGAAAAGUCAUUUACUCAAAAAGCUCAUUUAGCGUCACACAUGGUAAUUCACACUGGUGAGAAGAACCUAAAAUGUGACCACUGUGACAGAAUGUUUAUGAGAAGGCAAGAUCUCAAGCAGCACAUCCUGACUCACACACAGGAGCGUCAAAUCAAAUGCCCAAAAUGUGACAAACUAUUUUGGCGGUCCAAUCACUUGAAAAAACACCUCAAUUCCCAUGAAGGCAAGAGGGACUAUAUUUGUGAGAAAUGUAGCAAGGCCUUUCUUACAAAAUACCACCUGACCAGGCACCUGAAAAUUUGCAAAGGACCAAAGAAUAGUGAGUCUGUUCAGGAUGAGGACGAAGAUGAAGAUGAAGAGGAGGAGGAGGAGGAAGAUGAAGAAGACUGCUUGACUGACCCCACAAGCAGGGAAGAUUGUACUUUAACCACAGAUGUGUAUACAACCGAAGGAUCUCUGUCAAGGCACAAGUGAUUAGUAAAUGACUUUUUUAUAAUAAUCUUAUUUCUCAUUUUAUAUAAUUAUGGAACUUUGCCUAUUUGCCUAUUAAAUCCCUGACCUAUCAUGUUUACCUCUGGUGGCGCACUAAUGUAUUUUGUCUCUUAAAAUUGAGUUUUUUCUUUUUCCUUUAUUAAAUGCUUUAAGAUUAAAGAAGAAUAUUUUCAUCUGUAAUUACCACAGAAUUGCAUUAAAACUAUUGCUAUUCAACAGUUAUGCCUUAAAUUACACAUGGUGAUUACAGCAAAUAGUUGGUUAUUUAAAAAUGGACAAGUGAACUUUAUUAUGAAAAUUAUUUAGAUAUAUGGCAGAUUAGGUACUAUUACCCGCUGGCCUACUUUGUUAAGUUUAAAGUUCAAUUGCGAAUGUAUAUAUAGUAUGUUUCUCUUUAGGGAAUUAUGUUAAAAAGUUGCAGUAUGAAAUGUAAAUUAUUGAUGUAUAAAAGCUUGUUAACUUGACAAAGUGGAGGAGAAAAUUUUCUGCUGCCUUAAAGUGGUGUUCAAUGGAAAUGUGAUAUAUUUCUGUGUAUGUAUGUUCCAAGUUAGAGUAUAUGCUGAAUGUAUAAUUUAUGGACUGCAUUUUCAGAUUUUAUUGUAUGGGAGGAAAAGAGUUUUUUAUGUAAAAUUCUAACCUUUGUUAUUGGUUAGAAAAUGUAUCUAAUUGCAAAUGAAUCUGAGAAAGAGAUAAAAUGCUGAUUGCAUCAUUAA